AUCUAUGGUCUGGACUUGUUAGCUUGGGAUAGCAAUGGAUUCUCAUAACUUAAUACCUAAAUACCUACGUAUGUUUUAAUCAGUGACCUUUUCCAUAAGACAUCGAGACGGGUUUUUACAAUAUGUCGAUUUACUCAUUAUGACCGUAACGAUAAUGAUAUUGACGAUACAGCAUACGUGUUCCACAGCUCAACAUGUAAAUACUCACGAUACGUAAAAACUAGUGCAGUUAAUAGCACAGACGAAGUUUUUGAUCAAAAAUGUGUAUAAAAAACAUGAAGAAGAGAAGAAAAAUAUGAUUUUUGUAUGUAAUAGUGACAACGAACAAAAUAAUGAAAGUGAUUGAACAGUCAAUAGUUGUGAUUUUAUCCUUAGUUUUAAAUGUGAGUGCUAUAAAGUUCAAUAAAGUUGUACGCCCUCUUCCUGUGUUUCGUGCCCUCCCAUGUGAAAAGGAUGAUACAAUAGUUUCAGUCUUCCAAGAGGGACUAAAAGAAGGUUACAAUGUUACUAUUAAAAAAGAGUUGGAGCCUGCUACUAAUAUAAGACUGAUGUUUGAUUCACAAGCUGCGGUUUUUCUGGAAGAAUCAGCAAGAUUUACAAGUGAUAAAGAUGAUAUCCAAAAUAUUUUUAGUAUAAUAUUGCUUAAAAGUAGUUCUGACUUUACAUUUAACGUCAGGGGACAGGCAGCGCCAUUCGCUCCGCCAUAUUUGACCAGUCUCAAAAUUGAUGGCGAAGAAUUUUGCAAUCACCCUAAUUUGGCGUAUUUCAGAGAUUUUCCAGUUGGCGUCCUUAGUAAUGUUGACAGACAUUGCGGUAGGCGCAAAGUUCUACACACUGAGUUAAUAGUCCAGGGUGUUACAACUAAAGCCGGGGAUUGGCCAUGGCAUGCCGCGAUACACAGGCAUAACGGAGCCACAUUUAAAUACGUAUGUGGAGGCACUUUAAUAUCCAAACAUUUUGUUCUAACAGCUGCUCACUGUGCUUCAAUACAUGGCGUUCCUGUAACUCCUGAUAUUCUUGGAGUAGCAUUAGGAAAAUAUCAUCUAUUUCGAAGCGAUGUUACUAUACAAGAAAGAGAAGUUUUUAGAGUAUACGUUCACGAUGAGUUUCGAUAUUCAACACUCAGCAAUGAUAUCGCUCUGCUUAAACUGAGGACAGAGGCGGUAUACAACAACUAUGUACAACCAGCUUGCCUUUGGAAUGAGACUGUUUGGAACAGACUUUCAUAUGAUGCAUACGGCACGGUUGUUGGAUGGGGGUUCGAUCAAAGUGAUUCCCUAACAUCAACAUUACAUGCAGUUAAUAUACCUCAGAUACCAAAUAUACAAUGUAUCUAUAGUAGACCAGAAUUUUACGGAAACCUUCUGAGAGAUGGGAAAAGAUUUUGUGCUGGAUAUACCAAUGGGACUACAGUGUGUAAUGGCGAUAGUGGCGGUGCUUUUGCCUACUUUGUUCCUGAUAUAGCAAACUUUAAAACUUCUUCUGUCCCUGGAGCUUGGUAUGUUAAAGGGAUUGUAUCAAACACGUUAUCACAAGAUGCUUCAAUUUGCGAUCCUAACGCUUAUGCGAUUUUCACUGAUGUCGCCAAAUAUUUGCCAUGGAUACAAAAUAUCAUUGACUCUUGAAAUAUAAAGCGCUGCUGUCAAUGAAGCAUAAGAAUCAAAUAUAGGAAAGGCAGAUCGUACACGAAGAUGAGAUGUAGAGAAAAAAAUAUGAUUUUGAUUGAAGAAAAUGUAAAAGUAGCUGAUGAGUAACAAACUUUAGAAAAAUAUAUGUAUAUAAAUUAUAAUAUAUUUUAGUAUAAAAAUAA